CUCAAAACGCGAUACGAUUGGCUGCUUCAGUAACGAGGGUGUGAUGUCACUGGAAAGCGCCGAACUCUACUUUCCAAAGUUUUAAUUGGAGCUAUGGACAGCUGAUGGACAAAAGUGAGUUUCUGUCUUAGUGGCCACAUAGAUAACAGAUGGAUGACAUCAACGUACUACAGCACAGAUGUCUCCUGAAUUUGAGGCGUCGAAUCAGAGAUAUUGGGGAUGGGCGCCCAGCUCAGGAACGAUAUAUGAGAUUGCAGAAGGAUGGAGACAGACUCAGUUACCAAGGGAACUCUGAAGAGGUGGGUUGCUAUGUGGCUGGCCAUCCUUUAUCAAAGGGAAAUUGCUACUUUGAGGUGACAAUAGUGGACACAGGAGUGAGGGGGACCAUAGCUGUGGGCCUGGUGCCUAAAUUCUACAGGCUGGACCACCAGCCUGGCUGGCUGCCAUACUCUGUAGCUUACCACGCUGACAACGGCAAGUUAUACAAUGGCAACCCUGUGGGACAGCAGUUUGGACCAAAGUGUGCUCGUGGUGACCGCAUUGGCUGUGGAAUACACUCAGAAAAUAUUGAAGCAGGCUUUACAGCAGUCUUUUUUACCAAAAAUGGCAAAGAGGUUGGUUCAGUGGAGGUUCCCGUCUCGGCAGAGGGGCUGUUCCCCGCCGUGGGAAUGCACUCAAUGGGGGAGGAGGUGAAGGUUGACCUGCAGGCUGAGUGGUUCCUGGAAGAAGAUGAUAGUAUGAUGAUGGUGGACAGCCAUGAAGAUGACUGGGGACGGCUUUACGAUGUCAGAGUAAGCGGCACGCUAUUGGAGUAUGUUGGCAAAGGAAAGAGCAUCAUGGACGUGGGUUUGGCACAGGCCCGCCAGCCGCUCACCACCCGCUGCCACUACUAUGAAUUGGAGAUCGUUGAUUCAGGGGAAAAGUGCUACAUUGCUCUGGGCUUGGCAAGAAGGGACUACCCUAGGAACAGACACCCGGGAUGGAGCCGAGGGUCAGUGGCGUAUCAUGCAGAUGAUGGCAAGAUCUUUCACGGCAGCGGCGUUGGAGACGCUUUUGGUCCUCGCUGCUUCAAAGGUGACAUCAUGGGCUGUGGCAUCAUGUUUCCACGAGACUACAUCCUGGAUGGAGACGGUGACACGGACGAGUGGGAUCGGCUGGAGGUCCGCUCUAGUAACGCAGGCGUUCAGAACGUUCUGUACCUCAACGACGAAGAGGAGGAAGAGGAAGAUGGGGAACAGGUAGAGCAGGGACAGGAGGGCAGGAAGGUCACGGUGUUCUUCACAAGGAAUGGGAAGCUGAUGGGCCGGAGGGAGGUGGUGGUUCCUCCUGGGGGCCUCUACCCCACCGUGGGGAUGCUGAGCAGCGGAGAGAAGGUCAAGGUGGAUUUGCAUCCCCUCAGCGGAUGAGCUGAGAGCGUGAGCUGGACAAAUGACGCCCUGCAAACAGCUGGCUGCACUGUAGAGCUCACCCACAGUAGCCUAGCAUGCUGCUAACACUCGCCAGAACACGCUCAGUUCAGCCGCACACAUGCACGUCACCUGUCGUCUUCCUCGACACUGCCUCGGCUUUAAUUUAUAAGACUUGUAAAUUUCACAGUCCUCACAGAAACACAACCAGAUUGUGGCUGUGAAGUAGCAGAGUGAGAAGGUCCUACCUGGGCUGUGUAGGGUUACAGCAUGCAAAGCACAGGAGUAGACAGCUGCACCUCGAGGCUAAACGCUCCUGGAAGAUAUUUAACUGGUAAUUCUAUGCAAUCUGUACUGCUACCACCAUCUCACACCUAAACUCCCUCUCCAUGCAGUGUGUUUCUGAAACACUGGGCUGUAAAAUCCCUCUCAUGAGGUCUGGCACAGUUGGUUUAUUUCAUUUGUCACAACCCCAAGCAAAGCAGAGCAAGGCCAACAGUUGUGCCAAGUCAGAGCUCGUUGGCCGCUUAUGUUUCACGGAAUACACCAUCUCUCUCUCUCUCUCUCUCUUCUAGUCUUUCACACACUCUUUCCCAACCUCCCUCUGCUGCUCCUCUCUCUCUCUCUGGGUGAGGCUGCCCUCCUGUGAGUGAUCAGGGACCUGCUGUUGACCCACCUCGCUCGCUGCACUCCCGGAGCUGGCUGGAAGUGAACAGUGGAUCUGUUUCCACACUCAUUUUGUGUGAGGUUAUUGUUGAGGGUUGUUAUGUGUUUUGGUCAUCACAACCUCACAUAAGAUGCUGUUACUGAGCAGCGUCUUUCCUAAGAGUGGAUGAAUCGAUUUCUGAGUGUUUGAUAGUUUCAUGUUGGAGCCAGAGUACAAAUAAAAACGCGUCAGGUAUAUUUUCUACAAUCGAUGUGGUAAAUACACAUUUAAAUUCAUCUUCUACAUCAAAAGUUCAGGGAAUGUGUUUUGUUUUUGCACUUUGAGAAACUGAGACCUUUGGGGCAGACAUGCAUACAGUAGGUGGUCAAAAUAAAAGAAACACCUUCCAGGAUAGUGUGAUGCAACACCACAAUCCACAGCCAUAAGAAUAACCAUAGAGUUAAAUAAAAACCACUCAAAUGUAACUUUGCAAACCUCACACAGAAGUACAAUAUGCAGGUAUAUUGUAUUCAUAGUUAUCAGCCACGUGACGUACGCGGAGACCUGGAGGCCAAAACAACAGACCAAGAUAGGAGCUCACACUGGACUCCCUCGUAGAGAUACCGCAAAGGCAGUUUUAUUAAAGCAAAUUUUAUUUAGAUCACCUCUCAACUCAAGAAAAAGAUAAAUAUGGACACAAACUGCAAGUGUUGGGCACUUGCAAUCCAUAUACACCACCCGCUGCCGUAUUUCCGCCAUUAAAAACCGCCAGGCCCCCUGCCAGCGCUCGACUGUGGUAAUGUUUUACGUUUACCUUGUAGGGAUUCCCUCACCUAACGCAGCUCAGGCUUGUCUCCUCGUCAACGUUUUUUUGCCCUCCAAGGGAGCGUUUUCCGUGGAAUGUGACGUCACGUGAAAACCUAACCCAUCAUGCUGUUAUGUGUUACUCUGUGUUUUAACAUUUUGUUCUGCUUUUGUACAGGUUUCACUCACUGUGCAUGUUUGCCCUCAAUACGAAAGAUUAUUUCCCAUCUUCAUUUCCUUUUAAACCAGAAAGUUCAAAUGAUGAUGUGACAUUUUGCAAGUAAUUUAAAAGAGAAUGGAAACAAUUCUGCUCGAAUAAAUUUCUUGCUGUUGUACUGAUAACUUGAUAGGUGAGAAUUUAGGAUUAGAAUUUGCUGCUGGGUGUUUUUUUAAGAUAAAGACAAUGAUGUUUUGGUUGCUGCAUGUUUAAAAAAAAGUCCAAGAAAAAUACUUGGAUCACAAAGCCGGAUUAGUCUGUUGGCUGUCUAUCGUUGGGCUCGACUCAUCACAAAGCCGACUUUUAACCAGGCUAGAUCACCGUUGGUAACCUGUGCCGAAAUGGAGCAUAACCAGAUCAAAACUACUGGCCAAUCAAAUCACUGAAGUUAGUGAGUCGUCAUUCCUACGGUGUACAAAAGUGCUGUAGUUUACAAGUAACAGAGAAAUCUUUUUAAAAUUAACAAAAAUUGCGUUGCCUUGAUAACUUUACCUUGGGCUGCAACUAACUAUUAUUUUCAUAUUAAACAUUAAUCCGCUGGUUAUUUUCUUAAUUGAUUAAGCAUUCGGUCUGUAACAUGUCAGAAGAUUUGGAACAUUAUGUUACAAUUUCCUAAAACCCAAGUUGAUGUCUUCAAAUUGCUUGUUUUAUCCGAUCAAUAGGCUAUAGGUUAACACAAUAAUGAACAAUUUACUGUAACAUAAGACAAAGAAACUGGAAAACUGGAACCUGGGAAUAUUUUGUCCUUAUGCUUUUAAGAUGACUGAAACGAUAAAUCAAUUAUAAAAUAGCUGACCAAACAUUUCUUUCUUUCCAUGAACCAAUCAAUUAAUCCACUAAGCAUUUCAGCUCUCUAUAAUGAAUGGUAAUUAUAUCUGCAUUUUAAUUGCACACCCUGUUAAUUAACUCAGUAAAUUAUAAUCCUAUCAUUAUCAUAGUCGGAGUCGGCUGCUGAUCACAGAGUUGGCGGUUUGAUCCCCAAUUUCCUUGAGUUCGCUGCCAUUGAUGUGAGAGUAUGUGUGAAUCAGAUUGAAAUUGUUAAGCGCCUUGGAGAAAACCAUUAUAUAAAUUACCUUUUUUUUAAUGGUAUUUCUCAUCUCUGCUUUGGCAGCAGUCUACUUUUAACUCUUUAUAUGGACCAAAAAAUGUCACUAAUAAAAAAAAAAAAAUUAUACUCGCUUUUUAAUUUACAGGCUCUGUACUUUAACAAACUCCUGCUAGAGAAUUAAUCCGAUCAACUCCAAAUUUGUGCAGUGCAAUCUGAAGACCUUUGCGAUUCUAAAUUGCGAAGUGUUUUCGGAUUCGUCAAACGGUGUUGCCGUAGCGAAGCAGUGAAUUUCGACGUUCCAAAAUAAGCAAGCAUGCAAACAGAUUCAAUGUUACAAGUAUCAAGCUACUGUUUCACCUUCCGCAUUUCAUUUUUACAAACCUAACCAUCAAUCGAGUAAUGGAGAAAAUAAUCAGCAGGUGAAUCAUUAAUUAAAAUAAUAGUUGCACUCAAAAUAUUUCAAAAUGAGCUCCACCAAUACCAACAGUAAAAUCCUGCUUUUACAUUAAUGCCUGAAGAAUAAUCUAAUGAUAUAUAAUACUAACAGUCACAGGGACAUUUACAGCUUGUAAUACUUUAAAUACAUUUCCUGGUUAUACUUACAAACUUACUUUUAAUGGUAUAUUUUUACAGUGUGGUAUUAGUACUUUUACUUCAGUAAAGUAUCUAAAUACUUGCUUCACCAUUGUUAAAUACCAUUUAUACAGAACUCAGUGAAGACCGUUAAGACAGACAGACUAAGUUGAGCUUUCUUUGUGAUACAGACCCCAGAACUAAAACAAUCUGCACAGGUGAAUGAGAAAUACUGUUUGUCAUGUCGCGUCAUAGUGGGAGCUGGUUUCCACACAAAUAAUUCAGAAUGAUGAUUUUGUUUUCCGUCUGUUUGAUUAAAGGGAAUGACGAUAUCAAUGCUAUUAUACUGUAUCAGCUAAAUGGUUAACCAGCCUCUUCAUCUCAUCAAAUUGCAACUUUCCACAUGUAUAUUUGUCCAUUACAACAUCAGCGGCCCUGUAACGUAAUCUAUACAUUCAUCUGCACCUUCCCGUGAGGUGCACACGGCAGGCUCAUCAUUCGCACACUAGGAUGCUGCAGACAGUAAUGCUAGAAAUAUAAAGUGAUGUAAAAUUACUACCCAGGGUUAAAUAUUAAAUCACAUCUGCUGGAGAUUGUAUGUUUGUUUUUAGCUGUUGUCAUGCAUUUGUUUUUAGAGCCAUUGGUGUAAAAAAAAAAAAAAAACAUUCGGUCUUGUAUUUCCUGUCCUGCAGGGCUGGAUAGAGACUUUAAGUUCAGGUUGUCACAGACUGAACUGUAAAAACUUAUAUGCUAGAUGGUGCAAAGAUAUUAAUGAGACACUGAUGUGGACAUUUCAGGCCGCAUCUAAGUUCAGGGUAUUAAAAUCACUUGUAUUAAAGUUUACAGAAAGUUUCACGGUUCAACCAAAUUAGAGCUAAAUCUGAUUUCAAAUGUUUUGUAGUGUCUCCAACUUUACUCACUAAAGGACUCCUGUGAUAAUUCCUCGCCUUGAUGAUUUGCACUAUAAUGGCCUUGUUCAGUACAUGUAUGAUCAUCAAUAAAGGUUUCAGUAAUGUAAAAAAA